AUGCGACAGCUAGUGGAUUAUAUUGGUAAAGAGAUCAAUUAUGAUCCGGCCAAAAUCCUUUUGUGGCGUGUGUCACCGUUCAACGAUCGUGCCACUCAAUUUCUGACGGAUGCACAAUGCAAGGUGUUACGCGUCAACGGCUUACUGGGACUGGCUGGUGCGCAGCUUCAUGAUCCUCGACGCAAUAAAAGAUAUCGCGUUGUGUAUACGAAGAUGCCAAUACCGAUAGCCGAUAUGGAACGGAAGCGGCAAAUGAAAAUCCAAAUGAUGGAUGAGAAAAUGGCGAUUACGGAAAUCACUAUAUUCCCGGAGAAGACUGGCACAGUGCGUGAUAUCCUUGAAGAGGCACGGCGCGAGUUUAAAUUUGCUCCAAAUGGUACAGGAAAGCUCAGACUGGUCUAUGUCGGCCAGAGUAGCCAGAGUAUGAGAGCUUAUAUGAUCUUCAAGGAAGAGACUUCGGUUAUGGAAGUAUUCCAGAAGACAAUGACACCGUCUAUGUAUAUGGGUCGUGUGGAAGAAGUUCCUCAGGAUCAACUUGUGGUGAGGAGCAAUGAAUAUCUUGUACCUAUAGCACAUUUUGACAAAGAUCCUGGUCGAAUGUUUGGUGUUCCAUUCUUCUUGAAGGUGUCGAAUGACGAAUUGCUGUCAAGUGUUCGAGAACGUAUUCAACAGCGCCUUGAUAUCCCCGACAAGGAGUAUGAAAAGUACAAAUUUGCACUGAUAUCAUCAUCCCGAGUUGUGAGGUAUCUGGAUAUGACUUCAAACGGGAGAGUGAACCUUGCCGAGCUGGGUCAUGCUCAUGUUGCAUCACUAGUGACGUCUCCUUAUCUUGGUCUCGAUCACAUGAAUAAGUCUCGUGGAGCUCGUGGAUCACACGCUGCCGAAAAGGCGAUUGUCAUUCAUAACUAA